AUUACUCAACGCAUUCCUAGAUUUUUUACUGCACUUUCCCCAAACAAACUAAAAAUGGAGAAUGGAAGCAAUGCCUCCGGUAGUGGUGGUGGUAUGUCCAUCGAAAAGAUGUACCAAAAGAAAUCACAAUUGGAACAUAUUCUUUUGAGACCCGAUACAUAUAUUGGUUCUGUGGAACAUACCAAGGAAUUGAUGUGGGUCUACAACGAAGAGAAAAAUCGUAUGGUCCAACGAGAGAUAUCCUUCGUGCCCGGUCUUUAUAAGAUAUUCGAUGAAAUCUUGGUAAACGCUGCCGACAACAAACAGCGAGACAAAUCCAUGAGUGCUAUUAAAAUUGAUAUUGAAGCCGAAAAGAAUACAAUCUCGAUAUGGAACAAUGGCCAGGGUAUACCGGUAACUAUGCACAAGGAGGAAAAGAUGUAUGUGCCAACUAUGAUUUUCGGUCAUUUACUGACCUCCUCGAAUUACAAUGACGACGAGAAAAAAGUUACCGGUGGUCGUAAUGGUUACGGUGCCAAAUUGUGUAAUAUAUUUUCCACCAUGUUUACUGUGGAAACCGCUUCGAAACAGUUCAAGCGCUCGUUCAAACAAACCUGGGCAGCGAACAUGACCAAAACUACCGAUCCUAAGAUUAAGGAAUUUGCCGGCAGUGAUUAUACCAAGAUUACAUUUUGCCCUGAUUUGGCCAAAUUUAAAAUGGACCGCUUAGAUGAAGACAUUGUUGCCUUGAUGUCGAGAAGAGCUUUCGAUGUGGCUGCCUCCACCAAGGGUAUUGCCGUCUAUCUAAAUGGCAAAAAGUUGGCCAUUAAGAAUUUCAAAGAUUACAUCGAUUUGUACAUCAAGGGAGAAGAUGAAUCUGGCCAAGCGGUUAAAAUUGUCUACGAACAGUGUGGAGAACGUUGGGAGAUAGCCUGUUGUCCAUCGGACCGCGGUUUCCAGCAAGUAUCUUUUGUAAACUCCAUUGCCACAACGAAGGGAGGUCGGCACGUCGAUCAUGUGGUGGAUAACAUCAUCAAACAACUUUUGGAGGUGUUAAAAAAGAAAAAUAAGGGUGGCAUCAGCAUUAAACCCUUUCAAGUUCGUAAUCACAUGUGGAUAUUUGUCAAUUGUUUAAUUGAGAACCCCACAUUCGAUUCCCAAACCAAGGAAAACAUGACGCUUCAAGCUAAAAGUUUUGGUUCGAAAUGUAAUAUUUCGGAGAAAUUCAUUGGAAGUGUUUCCAAAUCGGGCAUUGUCGAGUCCGUAUUGUCAUGGGCCAAAUUCAAAGCUCAGAAUGAUAUUGCCAAAACCGGUGGCAAAAAAUCCUCAAAAAUAAAGGGCAUACCGAAGUUGGAGGAUGCAAACGAAGCUGGUACCAAAAACUCGUAUAUGUGCACACUGAUUCUCACCGAGGGUGACUCAGCCAAGUCUUUGGCUGUUUCCGGUCUUGGUGUAAUUGGUCGUAAUUUUUAUGGCGUCUUCCCGUUGCGUGGUAAAUUGUUGAACGUUCGUGAAGCCACAUUUAAGCAAUUGGCGGAAAAUGCUGAAAUCAAUAACUUGUGUAAAAUCAUUGGUCUACAAUACAAAAAGAAAUACCUCACCAUGGAUGACAUCAAGACACUGCGUUAUGGCAAAGUCAUGAUAAUGACUGAUCAGGAUCAGGACGGUUCUCACAUCAAAGGUCUGCUCAUCAACUUCAUCCACACGAAUUGGCCUGAACUGCUGCGAUUGCCAUUUUUGGAGGAAUUCAUCACACCCAUUGUAAAGGCUACCAAAAAGAACGAAGAACUCUCAUUCUAUUCUCUGCCCGAGUUUGAGGAAUGGAAAAACGAUACACCCAAUCACAAUACCUACAAUAUCAAAUACUACAAAGGUUUGGGUACCUCCACAUCAAAGGAGGCUAAAGAAUAUUUCCAAGAUAUGGAACGUCAUCGUAUCCUCUUCAAAUACGAUGGCACCAAGGAUGAUGACAGUAUUGUAAUGGCAUUCUCCAAGAAACACAUUGAGUCGCGUAAAGAAUGGCUUACAGCUCACAUGGAUGAAGUGAAACGACGCAAAACACUGGGUCUGCCGGAACGUUAUCUGUACACAAAAGGCACCAAGGCUGUCACAUAUGCCGAUUUCAUCAAUUUGGAAUUAGUAUUGUUCUCGAAUGCCGAUAAUGUACGUUCCAUACCAUGCUUGGUGGAUGGUUUCAAGCCUGGCCAACGUAAAGUCAUGUUUACUUGCUUCAAACGUAACGACAAACGUGAAGUUAAAGUUGCCCAACUUUCUGGCUCGGUUGCUGAAAUGUCUGCCUACCAUCACGGUGAGGUAUCCCUGCAAAUGACCAUUGUCAAUUUGGCCCAAAACUAUGUGGGCUCGAAUAACAUUAAUUUGCUUGAGCCUAGAGGUCAGUUCGGUACUCGUUUAACGGGUGGCAAGGAUUGCGCUAGCGCUCGUUAUAUUUUCACAAUUAUGUCGCCAUUGGCACGUCUCAUCUUCCAUCCCAUGGAUGAUCCAUUAUUGGCCUAUGAGGUCGAUGAUGGUCAAAAGAUUGAACCUCAGUGGUAUAUUCCGAUUAUACCAAUGGUGUUGGUAAACGGUGCUGAUGGUAUUGGUACCGGCUGGUCAACCAAAAUCUACAAUCACAAUCCAAGGGAUAUCAUGAGGAAUAUUCGACGCAUGUUGGCCAAUGAGGAACCUCAAGUAAUGCAUCCAUGGUAUAAGAAUUUCCGUGGUACCAUUGAAUACAUAUCCGAUGGCCGUUACAUCAGUUCGGGUAAUAUUCAAAUUGUCCAAGGCGACAAGAUUGAAAUAUCUGAAUUGCCUGUUGGAACAUGGACCCAAACAUACAAGGAAAAUGUCUUGGAACCAUUGGCUAAUGGUUCGGAAAAAGUCAAACCCAUUAUUUCCGAUUAUCGCGAAUAUCACACCGAUACCACAGUACGUUUUGUAAUCACACUGGCUCCCGGAGAAUUCGAUCGUCUGAAUGAAGAACCAGGCGGAUUCCAUCGUGUAUUCAAACUAACCUCUUCUAUGUCCACAAAUCAAAUGCACGCCUUUGACGAAGCUAAUUGUUUGAGACGUUAUCCCACAUCGGUGGACAUUUUGAAGUCUUACUAUCCCUUGCGUUUGGAAUACUAUCAAAAGCGUAAAGACUAUUUGGUCGGUAUGCUGACAGCCCAGGCCGAUCGUCUUACUGAUCAGGCCCGUUUCAUUUUGGAAAAGUGUGAACGAACACUGGUGGUUGAAAAUAAAAAACGCAAGGCCAUGAUUGAUGAACUGAUUAAGCGCGGCUACCGUCCUGACCCCGUCAAGGAAUGGCAAAGACGUAUUAAUAUGCAAGAGGACGAAGAACCCGAUGAUGAGGAAGAAGGUGAAGACGAAGAAAGUGCAUCUACAUCAGUGGUAAAGAAGGAGAAGAAGGCGCCAGUAGACCCGGAAAAGGCAUUCCAAAAACUUACCGAUGUCAAGAAGUUCGAUUAUCUGUUGGGUAUGUCCAUGUGGAUGUUGACGGAGGAACGUAAAAAUGAACUCUUGAAGCAGCGAGAUCAGAAGCUUGCCGAACUGGCUGCCCUCAAAGAGAAGACCAUACAAAUGUUGUGGUUAGAUGAUCUCGAUGAAUUAGAAAAGAAACUGGAUGAAGUUGAAGAGAAGGAACGUCUCGAUGAAUUGGGUAUUAACAAGAAACAAGCUAAGGCUUUGGCCAAGAAUAAGGCAGCCGCAGCAGCAGUAACUAAGAAACGUGGUGGCGAUAAGGGUGGAGCCGACGUUUUCCCAGAUCCACAGGGUGUGAAGGUCGAAUUUAAGGUAACUGAAGAAAUAUUAAAGAAGGUGGCUGCCGCAGCUGCAGCUACAACCAAAGUCAAGAAGGAAAAGGUAGACAAGAAGGCUGCAAAGGAAGGUGCCGUUAAAGAAGAAGGUGAUGAGUUCGAUAAUCUGGUAGAGGGUGGUGGUGGUGCUGCAAAGGCAACGAAAAUUAAAAAAGAACCUGGCACCACAGGUGCCAAAAAAGGACGCAAAAAGAAAGAUGAUGCAGGCGAUGGACUGAAACAGUCCACGUUGAAUUUCAAGGGCGGCAAAGGUAGAAAGAAAAAGGCCGGAAGCUCCGAUGAGGAUGAAGAUGACUUAAACUUGUCUGGCAGCGAUGUGGAAAUGAACGUUGCGGCGGUGGCACCACGUGCCGAUCGUCCUGGUCGUCGUGCAGCCACCAACAAAAAGAUCAACUAUUCUGGUCUAUUGGAUUCGGAAGAGGAGCAGAGUAGUGACGGUGAAGUGGUUUUCAAAGAAAAUGAUGCUGUCAAAGAACCCUCCACUGCUGCCGUUACCAAAAUAUCCGAUGCCGAAAAUAGUGACUUUGAUGAUUUCCAACCCGAAGAAGAUUCACCGGUUAAAAAGAAAAAGCCUGCAGCAGCAGCCAAACGCCCACGAAAGAAAGCAAAUCUAUCCAGUCCCGAUAGCGAUUCAGAUAAGAAGGUAUGUAGUAAUGCUGUUGAAAUGCUUUCGAAUUUUGAAAUUAAUAUUAACGUUACAUUUCAGACAAAGAAGAAGAAAAAGAAACGCUUUGCGGACAGUGAAAGUGAUGAAGAUGAUGAUUCAGAUUUUGAGGCUUAA